GAAUGACAAGAAGAUCCUGGAACUCAUGUCCAACAUCAUCCAGCUGCUGACUGGAGAGGUUGCCAUAAGGACUCAUCAUGUUUCCAUCUAUUUUUCCUUGGACGAGUGGGACUAUAUAAAAAGAAACAAGGACCUUUAUGAGGAAGGGAUAAAGGAGGAGCCUCAGCAGCUCCGCCCACUGGAAAGUGAACAUUCAGCUUCAGAUGAGAAUAAUGCCGGCGCUGUUUCUGAACGGUCUUCUAAAAACAAACCGAGCAAGAUUGUGGCUGAAGGAGCAGUUGUUUGUGGAGACAAAAAUCCCAUAAACCCUGUAUUUUCUCCAUUUAAACAGCCCCCAACAGAAAGUGGUAUGGAAUCAGGGGGAAGCCAUCCAGACUGCAGCAAUGAGCCAGUUCCAGAACAGGUCCGGGGAAGAGAUCAUUCUAACCCUGUCAUAAUAUGCAGCCUGACAAACCGCACGUCACCUGAUUAUAAAUCAAACACUAUUAAGCCGGAUGCGGCUUUGAAUAAAAAACGAAGCCAGUUAGACUGCGGUACUAAAACACUUACAGGCCAGAUCCGAGCAACGGAUGCACCCUCUUCUACUUUGGGACACAGCCUGAAUUCUGGAUUUGCGGUUAAUUAUAUUUCAAGAGCUAUAAAAGCGGAACCGGUUUCAAGGGAAGACAGAAGCUACUCGGGCUGCAGCGUGAAUCCCCCGACAGAACAGAUAAAGAAGACAAAUACAUUUGCUCCUAUUAUGGGAUACAGCUUUAAGAACAGCUUGUCCGCUAAUUGUUACAUAAACGGUAUUAAAAAGGAAGUGACUUCAUUUGAAGGAGGAAGCCAAUCAAUUUGCAGUAUUAAUCCCCUUGCAGAUCAGAUACAGAGAAAUAAAAUAACUACUCCUGUGAUGGGGUGUGGCCUAAACAACCAAAGAGCAUCCGCUCUACCGCCCCAUGUAUACAGUAAAAAGCUGAAGAGUAACGCCACGUAUUCGCCUCCUCUGAGCACACCCGUGUUACAAGUCAUGUACUGCUGCGCCGUGUGCCACGCACGCUUUGCUAGUUACAAGGAUCUCGUCAGCCAUCUUAUAACUCACACAGAAGAAAAAACAAUCUCCUGCUCGACUUGUGGCAAAAACUUUAAACGCCAUGCAGAAUAUAUUCGCCAUCAGAAAAUCCACACGGGGGAGAAACCAUUCAUUUGCCCCGAGUGUGGGAAAUGCUUCAAACAGCGCUCGGAGCUGAACCUGCACCGACGGACACACACGGGUGAGAAGCCAUUCUCUUGUUCUGAGUGCGGCAAAUGUUUCAAGCGGCGCUCCAUUGUGGUGGAACAUCAGAGGAUCCACACGGGGGAGAAACCCUUCACUUGCUCCGAGUGCGGCAAAUGUUUCACACAGCGCUCGCACCUGAUUGUACACCGAAGAACUCACACCGGGAAGAAGCCAUUUUCUUGUUCUGUAUGUGGGAAAUGUUUCACGAGACACUCGCAACUGAUUCUUCAUCUCAGAACACAUACCGGAGAAUGAAAAGAGAGAUCCAAAACGUGGCACAUGUUUUAGAUAUUUCUUCCUCCACAGUCCCAGUUGGUUGAGGUUCUUAUGAAUCUAGUGAGGCCCUUUUGUUGCCAUGGAAGGAGAAUAUGUACUGGGACUACAGGUGCAAAGAAUCGAAAAUUCAUAAGAGUCUCCCAUUUGAAUACAAGUCGGGGCAACGCUGCGAUGCUGUAAAUAACUGGCCACUUCGUAGGUCAUAACUGCAACAUCUUAUACGGAAAGUAUCCCCUCAUAGUUACAUAGUUAAAUUGGGUUGAAAAAAGACUAAAGGUGGCCAUAGACACACAGAUAAUAUCGUACGAAGCGAAUUCUCGUCCGAUAUUCGUUG